AAAUGAGAGGAUAAGAUGUGUUAGAGACAUUCUGGUGUAAAAAUGAAACACUCAUUUCAUUAGAGAAUUUUAUUUUUAAACCAUUUUUCUGUCUUUGAGUUUAACACUUUGCAGGGUCCAAACCACAGGGAAAGUUAACUACAAACAGCAUUUUAUUUUUCACACUAGAUUGUUCUUUUUGUCUAGCAUCAUCAAUCUUUGUUAGCUGAGCUAGUGGCAGAUAUUGUUCUCUGAUAUAUUUGGUGCAAAAUGAGCACAAUUUUUCUUUUCUCAUGCGUGACUCGUCAAUACUGUGUUAGAAUUAUUGGCAUAUGGCCAAUUUUAGAAGAAUUUGCUUCAGGUGUAGCUGGCUCUGGGUUUAGCCCUUGGGCUGUGAGCGAGGGUUUUAUCACUUUGCAGGAAGGGAGCUGACACAAAUGUAAUCUGUUUAUAGUAAACACCUGUAAGUUUACAAAGCAUUAUCCGGUUUGUGUUCCAGGUGCUUGAUCCCCAGUACGGUAUGUAUGUGUGGCCGUGCGCUGUCGUGCUUGCUCAGUAUUUGUGGUUUCACCGGCAAACUCUCCCUAACAAGAGGAUUCUGGAGGUUGGAGCGGGUGUGAGCCUACCCGGUGUACUGGCUGCUAAGUGUGGUGCCAAAGUUAUCUUGUCUGAUUCAGCGACGUUACCCCAGUGUUUACACAACUGCCAUCAAAGUUGCAAAGCCAACAAUAUUGAUGGUGUAAAAGUUAUUGGAUUAACUUGGGGUGAGAUAUCUCCUGAUCUGAUCGCACUACCACCCGUUGAUAUUAUUCUGGCAUCUGAUGUCUUCUAUGAGCCAGAAGAUUUUGAAGACGUUUUGGUAACUGUGCGUUUUUUGAUGGAAAGAAAUGCUGAUGCCCAGUUUUGGACAACAUACCAAGUCAGAAGUGCUGACUGGUCCAUUGAAGCUUUACUUGUCAAGUGGAACAUGAGAUGCACCAGUGUUCCGCUGAAGACCUUUAAUGCAGACAAAGAGCGGUUGGCUGCAUCAGACCUCCCGGGAAGACACAGCGUGCAGAUGAUGAUCAUUACAUUUGAUAAAGCUUCAACAACUCAGUGAUUUGAUUCUGAAUGUAGAAAUAGAACACAUGUUGUGGUACCCUCAAUGCAUUACUCAAGACCAUCUGGUGCUCUUGUAAGGUUUCUUUAAACGGAGAAUGCAAUGCCCAAUAAAAUGUUGACAAAGGCUGCA